UUACCCAUAAAACUAUUACACGCAAACUCACCCACAGACAACCUCUCUCUCCUUUUCACUCCCGAGUCUCCCUCUUUGGAUCAGCCCCUCUCUCUCUAUAUCUAUAUCUGCAUCCACACACACCAGAGCUCGGUGUACUCACAUAGCCAACAAAUCCCAUUUUCUAUCGGAUCUUAGAAUUUUUUUUAUUUUUAAUUUAAAUCAACGAUCCGGUUUGUACCAAAUCGAGCUCCUCCCGUUUGCAUCGCUGCUUCGGCAAUGACGAGGAGGUGCUCGCAUUGCAGCCACAACGGCCACAAUUCCCGCACGUGCCCGAAUCGAGGGGUGAAGCUGUUCGGAGUCCGAUUGAUCGAUGGCUCGAUUCGGAAGAGCGCGAGUAUGGGCAACUUGACCCAUUACAUGGGCGGCGGCGGGAGUGGAAGUGGAAGCGCCACGCCGCUAAGCGGCGCUGCUCUUGACUCUCCGGCGGACACGCCCGACCACCCCUCUGCUGGCUCCGCCGCCGCCGAGGGCUACGCGUCUGAAGACUUCGUCGCUGGGUCUUCCUCCAGCCGCGAGAGGAAGAAAGGAGUGCCAUGGACAGAAGACGAACAUAAGUUAUUUCUGCUUGGCUUGCAAAAGCUCGGCAAAGGUGAUUGGCGUGGCAUUGCACGGAACUAUGUUAUGACUAGAACUCCUACUCAGGUUGCUAGCCAUGCCCAAAAGUACUUCAUCAGACAAAGUAAUAUGUCUAGGAGGAAAAGACGCUCAAGCCUAUUUGAUAUUGUUGUCGAUGAAGAAGCAGCCGAUAAUACUCUGGUGUCAAGGGAUUUUCUCCCCGUGAACCCUUCUCAAGCUGAGACACAAAGCAGCACUCCAGCAGCAGCACCUACUGCUAUGGAUGAAGAAUGUGAGUCCCUGGAAUCUGCAAACUCCAACGACGGGGACACUGCUCUGACAAACCUGGAGGGCUCCCAAUAUCCUUACCCCGUCAUGUAUCCUGCUUAUGUUGCUCCACUCUUCCCGGCACCCAUCCAGUUUUGGCCAGGAUACACUACCGAGCCUAUCAAAGCCGAAACCCAUGAAGUGGUGAAGCCGACUGCUGUCCAUUCGAAGAGCCCCAUCAACGUCGACGAGCUCGUCGGCAUGUCCAGUCUGAGCUUAGGAGAAUCCAUCGGCGAUGGUGGCCCGUCAGCCCUCUCGCUUAAACUCGUCGAAGGCUCAACGAGGCCGUCUGCGUUUCAGGCAAAUCCAGCUUCUGGCACUUCAGGCAUGAACUCUAAUAGUCACAAUCCAAUCCAUGCCCUCUAGAAUGGUGAAAAAAGAACAUGUUGAUUGUGAAGUGGGAUCACUUUGAAGGUCUCUUUGUUAAUAGAAGAAGAUGAUAGUGUUUAGAGUGGUUUGGUUAAGUUAUAAUUUUAUUUGUUAGGUUGUCAUAAUAAGUGUGUUUUAGGAAGGAUUAACUCAGCCUCAACUUUGUAGACACCAGAAGACUUGUUUUUCAAAUUAUUGAAUCUUUCACAGCU